AAAAGGGGGAAAAAGAAAGAAAAGAAGAGAUCAAUAAAGGGAGAAAAUUAUUGGAUCCAUUUGUUUGCGGAGAAUCCGAUGGCGAUGAAUGAGAAGAAGAGGAGGAAGAUAAAGGGCAUCAUCAGCGAAGACGACACCAUUACGCUCCUUCAAAGGUACGAUGCAACAAUAAUACUUACUCUCCUUCAAGAGGUUGCUCAGUCUGCUGCAGAUGCAAAAUUUGAUUGGAAAACAAUUGUUGAAAGAUCAUCUUCUGGAAUCUCUAACCCACGAGAAUAUCAGUUGCUGUGGCGCCAUUUAGCUUACCGUGAACCGUUGUUGGAAGACAUAGAUGGUGCUGAACCUGCGGAUGAUGAUAGUGAUUUAGAGUUCGAGCUAGAAAUCUCUCCUCCUGCCCGUGGUACAGACACAUCACAGGCUGCAGAAUAUGUGAAGGGUUUAAUGCCUGCUUGUUUUUCAAGUGAAUGUGGCCGACAAAUUGAUUCUGCAGCUGAAGUUCCAUCUGCAGUGGAAGCCGCACGUAAUAGUUCCACAUCAAAUUCUACACGAGCUGAUAAAGACAAUAUAAUUUCUGCUGAUAGGUCAAAUGAAACAUUAGGUGGUGUUCCAGGCAAUAAAAAAAGAAGAGUUGAAGUGUUUAAAGGAAACAAAACAACUGGUGCAGAGCCGGCUUCAAAGAAGAGAAAAGUUUGGACUGAAGAGGAGGAUAUGGAGCUAAUUGCUGCAGUGCAGAAGUUUGGUGAAGGAAAUUGGGUGACCAUUUUGAAAGGAGCUUUCAAGCAUGAUAGAACUGCUGCACAGUUAUCCCAGAGAUGGCAUAUCCUCAAGAAGCGCCAAUCCAAUUCUAAUGCACGCUGUUCUAUCAAACAGUCUGAAGCACUUGAUGCAACACGCCUCGCACUGGGUAGAGCCCUUAAUACGUCUAUGGUUAAAAGUUUUUCUGUGAAAAAUGCAGGCACUAUCCAAAUAAAGGUAUCUGAAGCAUGUAAACCAUUGCCUCCUCAAACUCCAAAUUUACUACAGGAAACUAGAAAGAUAUCAUCGGAAGCUUCAAAUCUACCACAAGAAGCUCCAAAGGGAAAUGUGAGCCCUUCAAACAAACUUGAGAGCAUUCCAGAAAACCUGCCAGCUUUAGUGAAACCACCAGCAACCGGAAAUUCUCCGAUAAAAUCCGUUGAAACUCAACAGCUACCGCAAGAAGCUUCAAAUUUACUUCCCGUGAAGGGAAAAGUGACGCCUUUAAACAAGCCUCAGAGCAAUUCUAUGAUAAAAGCUGCUGCUGUUGCAGCUGGGGGAAGAGUACUUGCGGCUUCAGCUGCUGCUCUGUUGACGGCCACGCAGUUGAAAAAUGCUGUUCAUAUCAGAGUUGGAAGUUCUCAGCUGAUGUCGAAGGCUAACAAAGGCCAGAAACAGUUCAAUUCUCAUCACUCUCCUCCCUUUGCAAGGCCUCCCCCUCUCGGAAACUUGCUUAAGAUAUCGAAUGGAUUAAUGGCCUCAAGCAAUCUAAAGCGAGACAGUCGAAGUCUCGCAGGAAAUGCGAAGAAAACGAAUGUCAAGGAAACAUCUGAUGAUAAGGGAGAUGGGAUGAAAUUGGAUUGUGUAUUGAAUCAAGACCAAGGGAGAAGUUUGGAUGUUGGCGAGGAGGAUAGAAGAGUAGAAAAAGAUGGUGAUGUUACUGAGAAGCAAGUGUAGAUAUUAUUAGCACAUAGAGGCUACCUUAGUGUGGAUAAUUUGGAGGGAAAUGAGUUCUAGAGGGAAAUGACAGAUAGAUUAUAAGAAGUUGAUUAGGAGCAUCUUCGCUUGUCUUAGUAAAUAUGCUGCAAUUGACAGUGGUAGAUAUUAGAAGAUUACCGUGAGAUAAUAGAAUAGAUUUCAGUGUAGUUUAUGUGUAUGAUGGUAAUUUAUGAGGAAAAAUCAGCUUCAGGUGAUGAAGAGAACUGGAGGUCUUGGAAGUCAAUUGUUACUUCCUGGUCAACCAAAUAAUACCCUCUUAAGUUCUCUUGAA